AUGGGCGGGCCCUGGGUCCUGCUGGCUGCGCUCUGGGCACUGGUGGCCACUGGGGUUGCGGCUCUGCGCAUCGGAGCCUUCAAUAUACAGAGCUUUGGAGACAGCAAAGUGUCAGACCCGGCCUGUGGCAGCAUUAUUGCAAAGAUCCUGGCUGGCUAUGACAUCACCCUGGUGCAGGAGGUUCGAGAUCCAGACCUGAGCGCUGUUUCGGAGCUCAUGAAGCAGAUCAACAGCGUGUCCAAGCACAAAUACAGUUUUGUGAGCAGCGAGCCCCUGGGUCGGGACCAGUACAAGGAAAUGUACCUGUUUGUGUACAGGGAGGGUGCCGUCUCUAUCUUAGAUACCUAUCACUAUUCGGACCCGGAGGACGCCUUCAGCCGUGAGCCUUUCAUCGUCAAAUUCUCCGCCCCUAGCGCUGCAGCCGGGGAGUUUGUGCUGGUCCCGCUGCAUGCAGCACCGCACCAGGCGGUUACAGAGAUCGAUGCUCUAUACGACGUAUACCUGGAUGUGAUUGACAAGUGGGGCACUGAUGACAUCCUGUUUCUGGGGGACUUCAACGCCGACUGCAACUACGUGCGGGCGCAGGACUGGACUGCCAUCCGGCUUCGCAGCAGUGAGGUCUUCAAGUGGCUCAUCCCUGACAGCGCUGACACCACGGUGGGCAACUCGGACUGCGCCUACGACCGCAUCGUGGCCUGCGGAGCGCGCCUGCGCCGAAGCCUGAAGCCGCAGUCGGCAGCCGUGCAUGAUUUCCAGAAGGAGUUUGGCCUGGACCAAGCGCAGGCUCUGGCCAUCAGUGACCACUUCCCUGUGGAGGUGACUCUUAAGUCCCACUGA